AUGUUCCCGCAAAGUGAAACUGUUGCAUGCGAACCUGAAGAAUUGUUUGAGACCAUCUCACAAGCACUCCUAUCAUCAGUGACAGUGGACCGUGAUUGCUUGAGUGGCUGGGGAGGGCACCACAGUAUGUCAUUCAGCAUGGGAUUUCAUCUGUUAUAUCGAAAACUUCUGCGUCGCGCAGUUGUUGAAGUUGGCCAUGGUGGCAACAUUGUUCUACUUUGUUCUCUUAUUCUUCUAUCUGUCAUACAAGUUGGGAAUUUGCCAAUGCAUUUGCCACACACUCUGCAGAACUACAUGGGCAUGUUUCGCUACUUGUUUCUCUGCGAUCGACUUUUGUUGCACGUAUUUAUGUUUCAAGCUUAA